CUUUCAGGAUUUCCCGAUCUGUUUGUUUCCAGAUGAGAAAGUUUUCCCCAGAAGUAUUAAAACUCAGGGAUUGAAAAUUCACCAGCGCUUUCAUUUUGCCAGUGCCCUGAAAAGAAUGUCCGUCUUGGCUUCAUAUGAGAAGAUUGGCUCGACUGAUCUCUGUUACAUUGCAGCUGUGAAAGGGGCCCCAGAGACCCUGCAUGCAAUGUUCUCUCAGUGCCCGAGCAGCUACCGCAUCAUGCACACAGAAAUCUCACGUGAGGGGGCAAGGGUUCUCGCGCUUGGCUACAAAGAGCUGGGGCACCUCACUCAUCAGCAGGUGCGAGAGUUUAAGCGUGAGGCUCUGGAAUGUGAUCUGAGAUUUGUCGGCUUCAUCGUGGUCUCCUGUCCUCUCAAAGCUGAUUCCAAGCCUGUCAUCCGGGAGAUCCAGAAUGCAUCGCAUCAUGUGAGUGUCUGCAGGAGGGGACGAGCUCCUGCAAACUGCUUCUCUUGUGACUGAGCUCCUGGGGCUGUGCAGACACCUGAGCUACUGG